UACAUACUCUUAGAGUUCAGUUCAAAGAAUUUGAGCUGUAUAUAUUCAGAGGGAGAAGUGAAAAAGAAUGGAAGAAAAGAAUGACGCUGAGAAGCUUGAUGAUGUGAUUUUACCGGGGUUUCGAUUUCAUCCUACAGACGAAGAGCUUGUUGGAUUCUACCUGAAGAAGAAGAUUCAGCAGAAACAUCUUCCUAUUGAGCUGAUUAAGCAAGUGGAUAUCUACAAAUAUGAUCCAUGGGAUCUUCCAAAGCUGGCAUCUUCUGGGGAGAAAGAGUGGUAUUUCUACUGUCCAAGGGACCGGAAAUACAGGAACAGUGCCCGGCCAAACCGUGUCACAGGAGCUGGAUUCUGGAAGGCCACAGGAACCGACCGGCCAAUAUACUCCUCUGAUGGCACCAAGUGCAUUGGUUUGAAGAAGUCCCUAGUGUUCUACAGGGGCAGAGCUGCCAGAGGGAUCAAAACUGACUGGAUGAUGCAUGAGUUUCGACUUCCUUCUAUCCCAGACUCAGGACCUCCCAGGAAGCUCUUAGAUAAAAGCCUUCCUCCAAAUGAUUCAUGGGCGAUUUGUAGAAUAUUCAAGAAAACCAAUUCCAUGGCACAGAGAGCACUUUCUCAAUCUUGGGGAUCUCCAUUACCUCAAACAAUUGCAGCACCUGAUAUGUACAGUUCAGAGAACAUCCCUUGCACAACCGAAACCGGAUCAACUAGUUUUUCUGCCCUAGACAUCCCCUCAUACAAGCCCAUCAUCAAUCCAACAGUACUUUGUAAACAAUCUCCAUUUUCCAUCCCAAAUGGAGACCUCAUCUCUGAUGGCUUUAUGUAUUCACCUCUUGACAUAUCAACAUCCACCACAAAGUGUACAGUUGAUGUUUCUAAUUCUAUGCUUUUCAAUCUGUCCCCUUCCCUUAUUGGGGAUUUUAACAAGGCCUCCAAUAACAUUGAAUUUGAAGGACAACAACAGCAGUUCAACAGCUUUUCAAUCACUUCGCCGCGAGAUGUUCAUGAAAGCUUAGGCACAGGAGAGGAUUACAUGGACUUAAAGAAGAAUUCAAGUGCAACCCAUGAUAAUAGCCAGUGGGGGAAUUUCAGAUCAAUUGGAUUUCCUUUCAGUUUGCCUUCAACUCAGACUGAUUCAUUGGCAUGGGAUUCUCCUCCUUGUGCUAGUGAAAUGUCCACUACUUAUUCUACGAACAAAUGUUAUAAUUAA